UACAACCAGACGCCAAGAUGUCAAGCAAACGCGCCAAGGGAAAGACCACCAAAAAGCGCCCUCAGAGGGCCACCUCCAACGUCUUCGCCAUGUUCGACCAGUCUCAGAUCCAGGAGUUCAAAGAGGCCUUCAACAUGAUCGACCAGAACAGAGACGGGUUCAUCGAUAAGGAGGAUCUGCAUGACAUGCUGGCCUCACUGGGUAAGAACCCCUCUGAUGAAUACCUGGAGGGAAUGAUGAGCGAAGCACCAGGACCCAUCAACUUCACCAUGUUCCUCACUAUGUUCGGAGAGCGGCUGAACGGGACGGACCCGGAGGAUGUCAUCCGCAACGCCUUCGCCUGCUUCGACGAGGAGGGAUCAGGCGUGAUCCACGAGGACCACCUGAGAGAGCUGCUGACCACGAUGGGCGACCGCUUCACCGACGAAGAGGUGGACGAGCUGUUCCGGGAGGCUCCUAUUGAUAAAAAGGGAAACUUCAACUACGCCGAGUUCACCCGUAUCCUCAAACACGGCGCCAAAGACAAGGAUGAUGAAUAGAGGAAGAGGACCACUCCCCAGCAUCUCCCUGCCCACCACAGAUGAUCCCCGAAUUCUGUCUCAAGAAGUAGCAGGCGUCCCAAAAGUUUUAAAAAUACUCUAUCAGUGUGAAAAGGGAAUGGUUGAAAUGAGUCAAGUCAGCGUGCUUGAAACCCAAAGAAAUGUUCUUGAAACUCUCUGAACCGGACCAGCAGCUUCGUCCACAGUUCAGGGAUGAAUCCAGAGUUAUGCAUCGGACUCCAGUGAGUCUGCGGCGGCUUUGAGACGCUCGUUAGCCACGUUUACCUCUUCCUGCCAGUUAGCUGCCACACCUGCACUGUAAUGUCUCUGUAUGAAGUAACCAAGCAACUAAUGAUUCUGACUUUGACAAUCAAUAGAGCUCAUUAUCUGUUCUCCUUGUUGCUUAGCCUAAAAUCUACCUGUUGAGGGAUCAGACAUGAAAUAAAGGAACUGCUUAAGCCAAUAAAGAAGCUGUAGAUGUCUCAGAUCUCCA